AUGAAAUCUUUCACCCUUCUCGGUCUCAUCGGCCUUGUUGCCGGCGCGGCCGUGCCUAGCAACGAUGGCUUUCCUAAACCAAAUAGCGACCAGCAAGUCGUGCUGGCUCAACAAGCUGGCGGCAAACUACCCAAUAUAGCUUUGCCUACUAAAAUUGGUCCUGAGAGCACGACUGCUCUCCAGCUCAUUGCAUUUAACGAACUGUUCGAGACGGCAUUCUUUAACUCUCUUCUUCAAAACAUCACCAAUGGAACGCAGGGCUACGAGGCGGACAACAAGCAAGAACUGAUCAACGUCUUCUCUACCAUUCUAGCUCAAGAGGAGACGCAUGCCCUCGCAGCCCAGGCGGCCCUGAUGGCAGCUAAUACUUCAUUUGUGCCGUCGGCCUGCCAGUAUAUGUUUCCGACGACCAACUUGACGCAAGCCGUCAACCUUGCUGAAACCUUCACUGCGGUCGUACUGGGUGCGCUCCAAGGAGCGAAUGUUUUGUUCGCCAAAGAGAACGUUACCGUCCCCAUCCAGCUUAUCUCUUCAGUCAUUGGGCAGGAGGGCGAGCAGAACGGCUACUAUCGGACAGUGCUGAAGCAGGUGCCGUCAGAGUCGCCCUUCUUAACCGCCGUGCCAGCCCCUUUUGCAUAUUCUGCUCUGCAACUGUUUGUCGUGCCUGGGUCGUGCCCAUACCCCCUCUCCAACAUCAACUUGCCCAUCUUCCCGGGGCUGAUGGUCAACGGCACUCCUGUGGCAGUGCUGGAUGCGAAGGACCAGACGCUCUACUUUUCUGCGGACCUUGGCAAUUCGACUCAGGCACAGAAAUAUGUUGGGGGCAAUGGAACUGGACUUUACUUGACUUACACCACUGGUCAGCAGAAGCCGAUUUCGUUGAAUAUUACAAACGUCAAGUGGGACAGUGGCAAGGUCGGCUUUAACGCAGAUUUUCCAUUUACUGAGAAUGUCAUGGAUGGCUUCAGUCACGCUGCUUUGACUACAGGAAACAUGUUUAACUCCUCAGAUGAUGUGGUGGCUAUGGCCCUUGCAGGACCUGGUGUUAUUCAGGUUAGAAACAGUACCGUGGCGGCAAAUGCAACUGGAUGCAGCUGA